AUUGUUUUGAACUGACGCAUGCAGCUCCGCUCUUUGCAGGUUAGACCUGCCGCUCGACGACCACGUAUUCCAGCGGGGAAGCGGAAUUAUUUGGCCAGAGAAUAUUGUUUGUCCGGAUUUCAUUUGUUGAGGCGAAAUAUAUUCGACCGCGUGUUUUAAGAAUCUGUUGUAUUUAUUUAUCAAGAUGGGCUGUGCUGGAUUCACCUGCUCCAAACACUCCCUGUGCGCGCUCAACAUCCUCUAUGUUAUGGUGAGCCUGCUGAUGAUCGGCAUCGCAGCAUGGGGGAAGUGGUUCGGUCUGGUCUCCAGUUUCCAGGUUGUAGGAGGUGUGAUCGGUGUGGGGGUGUUCCUCUUCUUUGUGGCCCUUGCCGGCCUCAUCGGAGCCAUGAAGCAUCACCAGGUCCUGCUCUUCUUUUACAUGAUUGUCCUGUUUAUGGUGUUUAUUGUGCAGUUCUCUGUUUCCAGUGCCUGUUUGGCCAUCAACAGAGAGCAGCAGGACCACUUGCUGGAGGUAGGGUGGAACAACUCUCAGAGCACACAGAGGGAUGUGGAGAAGAGCCUCAACUGCUGUGGCUUCAAACAGGUGGACCCCAACGGCACCUGUGAUGCUGCCUGUUUUCCCAACCACUCCUGCUUACCCUGCGCAGAUAAGAUUCAGGAGCAUGCUGGAAAGGUUCUGCACUUUGUAGGCGGGAUUGGACUCUUUUUCAGCUUCACUGAGAUUCUGGGAGUGUGGCUUACGUAUCGCUACAGGAACCAGAAGGACCCCAGAGCGAAUCCCAGUGCUUUCCUGUGAGACAGCACCAUCUUAAGCCCCUCUGCACUGUCACCUCACCACCUCUCUCUGGACCUUCUCUGGGCUUUAACUGUAAAUACAAGACUGACCUGGUUUCCACCGACAGCUGCAGUGAUGCUGUUAUAAUGCGAUGUGUUUGAUUUUCAAGAAUGAAGAGUGUUCUGAAAACAAAUGAUUGUGUGUGGAGGAACAGUGCACGUUACUUUCAGCGUAACAGCUCUGCAUAAGAAAAGUGUCUCAGACUGAACUGAACAUACAGAACACAGUGAGCAGUUGUGGGUGUAAAAAAGAGAGAAUAUUGUCUACAGCAGUCUGCUGUAUACUCCAAAGUAUUUAUGCAGUCUGCCUGAUGUUGACCCUGAGCGCUUUUUUUUCUUCUUCUUCUUCUUUUUUGUGUUGUCAGUUUGUUCUGUAAAACAGUUGGUCCAACUGAAUGCAAUAAUGUCAAUCACUGUUUGAAAGAAUGAAUAAUGUAUGAGGAAGACACAUGGUUGUAACCUGGAAGGGUUUGGUCUUUGGUGUGUGUUUGUGUGUGUGUGUGUGUGUGUGUGUGUGUGUGUGUGUGUGUGUGUCGCUCACUGGUAACAGUUUAUCUUGUUCCUGGCUGUGUGCUGUGUAUUUGGCCUUUUGCAUGACUGCAAACAUAAGCUACUGUAUGAAAACUGCAAUGAUGAUUCUGUAAACCACCUGUCUGAGCCUUUGUACUGUAAACCACAAUAAAACACUAAUGGGAGAAAAAUUAA